AAUUUUCACCAAUCUUUCUUUCUCUCCCCUCUCUCUCUCUCUCCCCUCCUCACAAAGCAAACACUUAGCAGCAGAAGAACAUAUAAUCUCUCUCUAGAGAGAGAAACACAAAGAUAUAUAGAAGAGAGAGAGGGAGAGAUGAGUAGCAAUAAUGGAGGUGGAGGUGGAGGUGGUGGUGGGCCUUGCGGUGCCUGCAAGUUCCUGAGGAGAAAGUGUGUAAAAGGGUGCGUAUUUGCACCCUAUUUCGACUCGGAACAAGGCUCGGCUUACUUUGCAGCAGUGCACAAAGUGUUCGGAGCUAGCAAUGCGUCCAAGAUGUUGCUCAGAAUUCCGGCGAAUAAGAGGCUCGACGCCGCCAUUACGCUUUGUUACGAGGCUCUGGCUAGGAUUAGAGACCCUGUUUAUGGCUGUGUUGGUCACAUCUUCACUCUCCAACAACAGGUAGUUAAUUUGCAAGCAGAGUUAGCAUACAUUCAAGCUCGACUCUCUAUGUUGCAGUUUCUCCCUCCGCCACCUCCUCAACCACCAGGACGCCCUUCAACAGAAAAUCUUCAAUCAUCAUCUGACUUUGCGUCUAAUUCUAAUGCAUCGACUACUAAUUUUGAUCCUUCGACAUCAAUGGAAUUGGUUAGUUUUUGUAAUCCUAUGGAUCAAGAAAUUGAGGGUGGUGAUGAUGAACUUCAAGCGUUAGCUCGUGAAUUUGUGUCUAGGUACUUGCCUGGAGGAGUAAAAUUUCGACCUUCAAGUUCGCAUUGAAAAUUUAACAGUUUGAUCAAACUCAACUCUUUUUUUCUGUCUUGCGACAUUGUCUAGCACUAUUACUCUUUCUUGUACUGUCAUUAAAUUUGAAUCAGAUGUACUUUUUACAAUUUGCUUUUUUUUCUUUUUUUUCUUCGUAGUUUUCAAAUGCCACCACAUAAGCAAUUCAUGAACAUUGCAAGCAGUGAUACGAUUUCAACUGAUUUUCCAAGAAAAUUGCAUAUAACAAUGGUUCUU